AUGGCACCCACAGCAGUCGAUGUUGCCGGCACCGCUGCCAUCAGUUCUGUCGGCAUUGCUUCCAAACCCACCAAGCAGGUUGCUGGCUCCGAACUGCACCCUUUGGACGACAUCACACCCGCGGAAAAUAAGCUGGCAGUCGAGCUGCUGCGCGAUUUCCACCGAAACGAUGGCUUCGAGCCCUGGUUCAAGAUGAUCCAGCGUCAGGAACCUCGUAAAGCGAUGUUGCUCCCUUGGUUGGACGCCUACCAUGCCGGUGAGAAACCUGCACCUCUGCCGCGCAAGCUCGAGAGCAUCUACAUCGAGCCAAAAACGGCCAAGAUUCACGAGGCCAUCAUCGACGUUGCAUCGCAAAGGAUCGAAUCGCAUUCCGUGGUUCCUGGCAACCACAGAACCAAUCUCGACAUUACGCAGCUCGAGGCGUUCGAAAUGGCCAUUGUCAAGGAUCCGCUCGUCAAGCAAGCACUGCAGGAGCUGGGCCUGGACCCCGAAACGCCUGUUGCUUCGGAUCCAUGGAUCUACGGUGCUGACUCGGUCGAGGACCAGCCGUUCUUGAUGCAGUUCCUCAUGUAUCUCAAGCCGCCCAGGACGGGUCAGGACGGAGACUCGUUCCACUACUCGUGGCCUCUUCCGUUUGUGCCUGUCGUCGACGUCAACUCUGGCAAGAUCACCCACGUUGACUGGUGCUACACGGGCGAUUCGGCCGACGGCAUGGUUCACACCUGGAAGCAGGGCUGGGCCAAGGCCAACAUGGAGGAGCGCGAGUACAUGCCUCAUCUGCAGAAAGAUUUCCAGCCUCGUGCUGGUCUCAAGCCCUUGAUCGUCCAGCAGGCCGAAGGUCCUUCUUUCACUGUCAAUGGCAAGAGCGUCGAGUGGCAAGGAUGGCAGUUCCGCAUCUCGUGGACCGCGCGAGAGGGUCUCGCGCUGCACGACCUACGCUUCAAGAACCGCUCCGUGUUCCACAGACUGUCCAUGUCGGAAAUGACCGUGCCGUACGGCGAUCCUCGCCCUCCGCUUCACCGCAAGCAGGCUUUCGAUGUAGGGGAUGCCUCGUGCGGGUUCACUGCGAACAGUCUCAGCCUGGGAUGUGACUGCCUCGGUGCUAUUCACUACUUUGACGGACACCUUGCGCUGCCAAACGGAGAACUUCUGCAGCAGCAGAACGUCGUGUGCAUGCACGAGGUCGACGAUGGACUGGGGAUGAAGCAUACCAACUACCGAACCAACAACCCGUACGUGGUGCGUCGGCGCACGCUCGUGCUGCAGACCAUCAUCACGGUGGCCAACUACGAGUACAUCUUCCUGUGGCACUUUGACCAGACGGGUGCCAUCUCGUUCGAGGUGCGUGCGACGGGGGUGCUGUCGGUCUCGUCGAUUGAUGCCGGCAAGACCUCGCCUUACGGAAACGUCGUUUCUCGAGGUGUGUUGGGUACCAACCAUCAGCACAUCUUCUGCGUUCGUGUGGACCCACGCAUCGAUGGCGAUGGCAACACGGUGCACUACGAGGACAGUGUGACCAUGCCAUUCUCGACGGAGGAGGACAAGCUGCUCAACCCUUACGGCACGGGCUACACGGUGCAAAAGACAGUCCUCGAACACGAGGGUGGAGCCAACCUGGACCCUCUGAAGAACCGAACGUUCAAGAUCACCAACCCGAACAAGAUCAACGCAAUCUCGCAGAAGCCGGUCGGGUACAAGAUGCACCUCCCGGCGACGCAGCUGCUGUUGGCGCAUCCGGACUCGGUGGCGUAUGCACGAGCCGAGUUUGCGCGUCACCACGUGUGGGUGACCAAGUACCGCGACGACGAGCUGUGGGCCGGUGGCAAAUGGACCAACCAGUCCAACGGCAAGCAGGGAGGGUUGGAGACGUACAGCAAGCACAAGGAGUCGACGGUCAACGAGGACAUUGUGCUGUGGGCCGUGUUUGGGCUGACGCACAACCCGCGUGUUGAAGACUUCCCCGUCAUGCCGAUCGAGUCGUUGAUGAUGUCGCUCAAACCCAACGACUUCUGGGAGACGUGUCCUAUCCUCGACAUCCCGACGAGCACUCAGGCGGCCAACCAGUCGACGUUGCUCUCGCACAAACAGGCUGAGGCCGAUUCCUGCUGUAAGAAGUAG